AUGCAAUCUUUCCGGCAAUCUAGACACCUGUUGAGCGCAGUAAAGGCGCAGUUGGAGCGGGACAAGGACAAGGCACGACUGCGGACCAUCGACGCCGCCGAAGAUAGCGAGCCAGCAGCAGAGACAGCGACAGCGACAGCGACAGCGACAGCGACGCUCAGGGACAACGAAAAGACCGACCCGGAGAAGGCCGCUUACGAUGAUGCCGAGCCGCACCGUCACCGGCGCACGUCGGCCGAGUCUGCCGCCCGGCCCUCGAUGAGCAGCAGCAGCACGAACUCGGAACAAGUCUCAGAUGAGCUUUCGAAUCCUGCGCAGCGUGUGCCCACGGCUGCCACGCAGUACACCGCACGCGCGGCCCUGGGCCACUCACUCACGGGCGUGCAUGCGAGAGACCGCCGCACGCAUGAGGGCAAGGGCAGCAAGGUUUUUGUGGUCGGGUGGGAGGGUCCUGAUGAUCCUCUGAACCCGCGCAAUUGGACGUACGCCCGCCGCGUAAGUUGCACCCUCCAAAUCUCCCUCAUCGCCGCUGCAGUCGGCGCAGCCUCGGGGAUCGAUGCCACCGUCCUCCCGCAAGCCGCCGAAUCCCUCGGCGUGAGCGAGGUCGCCGAGUCGCUCGCUACCGGCUUGUACCUGGUCGGCAUGGGCAUGGGCAGCCUGGUGGCCGGUCCCUUCUCCGAGACCUUUGGUCGUAACGCCGUUUACUCGGGGUCAAUGGCCGUCUUCAUGGUGUGGAUCAUGGCGUCCGGCCUGGCGCCCAACUUCGGGGCGCAGAUCGUCUUCCGCUUCUUUGCAGGCUGCUCGGCGUCGACGCCGCUCGUCUGCUCGGGCGGCAGCGUGUCCGACAUGUUCGACAGCGUCGAGAAGACGUGGGCCUUCCCGCUCUAUGCGAUCGCUGCGUUUGGUGGGCCCAUGCUGGGCGCGGUCAUGGGUGCCUAUAUCGGGCCGUCCACGAGCGUGAGCUGGCGGUGGACCGAGUGGACCAUGCUGAUCCUGUCUGGGCUGGUGGUCUGCUGGGUCUUCCUGCUCAUGCCUGAGACGUAUGCGCCGUUGCUGUUGCGGUGGAAGGCGAAGCACCUGCGGCAGGUGACUGGGGACGAUCGGUUCCGGUCGGAGCAUGAGAUUAUCAAGGCCACCUUGUUCAGUCGGCUCAAGGUCAGCAUGACGAGGCCGUUUCUCAUGUUCACUGAACCAAUCAUUCUUGCCAUGACAUUGUACCUGUCGGUGGUUUACAUUGUGCUUUUCACAUUCCUCAUCGGAUGGCCGUACAUCUUCGAGUACACCUACGAGAUCUCCCAAGGCCUCAGCAACAUCAUCUUCAUCUCGAUGUUCGUCGGCCUCCAGUUCGCCUUCCUCCUCGUACCGAUCGUCUACCGAAUGACGAUAAAGCAGGUUAAGAAGGCCGAGUCCCGCGGAGAAGGCCAGCAAUUCAACCCAGAGAUCCGGCUGUGGUACGCCAUGCUCGGUCCGGCUGUGAGCAUCCCCAUCUCGCUCUUCUGGAUGGGCUGGACGGCGAGCCCCAACAUCAGCAUCUGGUCACCCAUCCUCGCUGUCGCGCUGUUUGGCUUCGGCGUGAUGGGGAUUUUCAUCUGCGCCUACAUGUACGUCAUCGACUCGUAUGAGACGUUCUCGGCGUCGGCCCUCACCUUCGCCACCCUUGUGCGUUACAUGGCUGCCGGCGGGAUGACGAUCGUGGGUAUCCCAUUCUACGCCAACAUGGGCGUCCACUACACGCUGACGAUCCUGGCGUGCAUCUCGUGCGUCCUGGUUCCCGUGCCUCAUGCUCUGUAUAAGUGGGGCCAUCUGCUGCGGAAGAGAAGCAAGUACGCUGUUUCUCGUGAGAUAUAG